AUGAGCGAGUACUCCUAUGUAGAGUCAGCGUUGAGCACCGACUCCGAGCAAGACGAUGAUGUUGUGUUUUUGGGAGAAUGGCGUAAGUAUCCCCGUAAGUUUUUCAAUUUUAUAUUUAGGCCAUAUGGUUUGCCGCAACAACAACCACAACAGCCGCAACCAGCGCAGCCACAACUUCCGCAACCAACGAUGCCACAACUACUGCAACCAAUGUAAGUUGUAUUUUUUUUGUGUAAUGUUUAUAUGCAGACAACCCGAAAGCAACCGUCAUCUAUGGCUCGAUUUCGUGCCUGAAGGUAUUCUACUAA